CAGCCUGAGGCCUGGGAGGAGCCCCCCAGUAAUGGGCUACAGGAGCACCCCCAGAAGCCGGCCCCAAGGGGCUGGGGCAGCCUGCAGGAGCUGUUCAGUACACCCCAACCUGGAAGCCCCUCAGAGCACUCCUGGGUAGGCCCGGCAGAACCCUCUUAUCCUCAGCGGCCUGAGACGCCCACCUCCAUGGGCUGGGGCCCUGAGAGGACCCCUGAGCUGGACUGGAGGGACCUGCUGGGCCUCUUCCGGGCCCCUGGGGAGGGGGCCUGGGCCCGACUCCCUAGACUGGACUGGGAAGGCCUCCUGGAGCUCCUGCAGGCCAGGCUACCCCACAAGGACCCAGCUGGACACUGGGGUGACCCAGCCAAGGCUUCAGGGCCACAGCCAGGUCCCCCAGAGACAAAGGAGGAUGCCCUGGAGCAGGAGCGACACAACCAGCCUGAAAGUUGGGCUGAGGCCACUGUCACCAAUGGACAUAGCCCUGGGCAGCAGCCCCAGCACCCUGCCCAGCUACCCAGCCCCGCCUGCACCUCCACCCAGUGGCCAAAGACACAAGUGACAAGUGGGCCAGCAACCUCACCUCCGUCUGCUCCGCCACACACAGCCCAGCUGGAGCACAGCAGGCCGGCAGAGGGCCCCAGCUCCCCGGAGCCAGAGUUCCAACCAGAGGAGCCUGAGGCAUCAGAACCAAGCAGAGGCCAAGACUCACUGACUGAGCAGGACCAGGCAGCCUCGGCAGACAAGAGGCCGGCAGAGGGCAAGGCUGAGAGCCCGCUCAAGGGCCGACUGGUGACCUCAUGGCGGAUGCCCGGGGACCGGCCCACGCUGUUCAAUCCGUUCCUGCUGUCCCUGGGGGUCCUCAGGUGGCAAAGGGUGAAGGGACUGAGGCUCAUGGCAGUGGGUGAGCUCACCUGA